AUGUCUGCCGCCAUCUAUGAGCAGUCUGUUCCCCAGGAACAGCGUCAGCUGUCGAUUCAGCGGGCCGAUGUACCUGCCAACGGGAGCAACAAGGAGGACAACGAGGCCGCCGAUGUGGCGACGGAGCUGAAACCCGUCGGCAAUGAUGAGCCGCCGACGAACAUCUUCAACCAGGGUGGCCAGAAUUACCGCACACUCGGCCGCUGGGACACCGUCUUCGUCCUCAUCACGAACCAAGUUGGUCUCGGUAUUCUGUCCUUGCCCGGCUGCCUCAAGGUGCUCGGCGUCGUGCCUGGCGUCAUCGCCAUCAUUGGUCUCGGCUCUAUCUCUGCAUACACUGCGUACAUUCUCCUCCAAUUCUACCGCCGUUACCCUCACGUCGUCAACAUUGUCGACAUGUGCCGCAUCAUAGGCGGCAAGCCUCUGGAAGUAGUCGCUGGACUGGGUCUCCUGGUCAAGGUCAUGAUGACUUGCGCUUCCGCUGCCGUCACUCUUUCCGUGUCUUUCAACACCUUGAGCGGUCACGCUUUCUGCACCACCAUUUUCAUUACGAUUGCCGUCAUCGCCUGCUGGAUCCUGUGUCUGCCACGAACGGUCAAGUUCGUUUCGCAGAGCGGUAUUCCCUCGACGAUCAGCAUCCUGGCCGCUGCUUUCAUCGUCAUCAUCAGUCUCGGUGUCUCUCGGCCGACUGGAGCGCCCCCGGGAUGGGAUAAGGAGAUCGCGGUCAUUGGCAAUCCUACUUUCCGCCAGGGUCUCAACGCCUGCCUCAAGAUCUGUUAUGCAUAUGCGGGAAACAUCUCAUGGCCCUCGCCUCGGCGCCAAGCGUCGCAGCCAAGGCCGCCUACGGCGUGGUCCUUCCCGCCGUCUUCGCCACGGCCAUGGCGUUCGGCCACACCGGCAUCAAGUACAUGUACGUCGUCGCCAUGCGCGGCCAUGAAGUCCACGCACCAGGUUACCGACCGCAGCGUUAAGUCCUGGGGAACCUGGUUUGCCUGCGUCACGCUGUACUGGGUCAUCGUCUGGGUCAUCUCCAACGCCAUCCCCAUCUUUGACUCGAUCCUCUCCAUCUCAUCAGCGACGACGAUCGCGUGGUUCACCUUUGGGCUCAGCGCCAUCUUCUGGCUACACCUGAACCGGGGACAGUAUUUCAAGAACUGGAAGAAGGGCCUGCUGACUGUCUUUAACUGCCUGCUCAUCCUGCAGUCGCUGUUUAUGAACGCUGGCGGCCUGUGGUCCUCAAUCACGCAACUCAUUGAUAUUUUCAACAAUGACAGCAGUAGCGUGCGGGGAGCGUUCUCCUGUGGCGAUAAUUCGCAGGUCGUCUGA